AUGGAUCUCCAAGGCAACCCCAUCCCUCCCGGUGCCCGCAGCACCAAAGUCACUACCGACCCUCGUGCCCAACAGCCCAUUGAAGAGCCCUCUGGCCCUAUCACCAAUGACUCGCUCGCCGCUGAUUCUAUCCGCCAGGGCGGUGCCUUCUCUGGCAACCGUGGCGCUGAGCCGAUGGGGGUCUCCGGCAAACAAACCACAGUGAACAACAACGACACUUCCGCUGCUACUACACUCCCCUCUGUUUCCGCUGGCGGUCUCCGCGAGGACCGCGAAAGCCAGCAGAAGUACCCCGAGGCCCUCGGAGGCCAGGGCAAUUUCCCCGGCACUCACCUGUCCCAGUCUGGCUACACCGGCGGCUCAACCGCCGCCAAGCAUGAUCAGGGCAUCAACGCCGGCGAGUACUCUACUGCCAGCGGCAGCGGUCGCAGCCAGUACAACGCGGGACAGGCUCCCUCCUACGUCAACGAUGUGACUGGUGACAUUCAGCAUCCCAAGCCCGAUGGCCGCAACAUCCGCGAGGGUGGCUCCCACUCCAAUGAUGCGAAGAAUGCUAGCUUCAACUCUGAGAUCGGCUCUAGUCAGGACCCUGGACGCGAGGCCGUUAACCAGUUCCAGCGCAACAAUGCCCGCACUGACUAUUCUGGUCGUGCCGAUGAGAAGCAAGUCAACGCCCAGACUCCCUAUGAGCACUUGGAAAGCAACCAACGUGCUUAG